CGGACGGACAGAUGAGGCGAUUUGAGCGGUUUUGCGCGGGUGGGUGUCUGACAUCGGCCAUCAGAGCGAUCCUCAUCACUGAGUAUCUGCUGCUGAGUGUGCGGGCAGAUGGAGCAGAUUCUGAAGAACAAACAGACCUCAGGUUCGCUCUGAUCGGCGCCGGCAUCGGCCUGUUCUUCGCCGCCGUUUUCAUGGUCAUCAAGAUCUACAUGAUCAGGAAGCACAUGCUGGACAACAGGCCAGGUAACACGAUGAAGAGACCUUCAGAGACUUUGUCGCUGCACAGCCGACGUGAAACCAGACCGUAGACAUUUUCUGACGUUGGAGGCUAAAAUCUUGCACAUUCCUUUUUGUAUUUUUUAAAGAUGAAUAUGUUGCUUUACACUGAAGUGAAUGUGAGAAACCCUGAGCUGCUGAAUUCAUUUCAAAGUGUCAAAAAUGGCAUGACUUAAGGGCAAUUUUUUUUAAUGUUAAAUGAUUUAAGUUCCCUCACAGUGCAGGUUUUCUAGCUUUUUACGGUAAAAAAAAAAGAAGAAUUUACAAUAUAUUUCAACAAUUUUUCACGUCAUACUCGACCACAAUUUUAAAACCAUUUGCAGAGCGCACACAGGUAAGCUCACUUGCGGGCAUUCCCAGAGGAGAUCCCAGCCUCAAAUGGGAGCGACCUUGGCUCGCUUUAAGCCAAUCAGAUCGUCCCGUGGUGGUGGUUUCCAGUGGCAGGCGGUGUUAAAGGUCAGGCGGAGUGAUUUACUGGGUGAUGUGCACCCUGCAAAAAGCAGCACGCAGGUCAAAGGUCGUCUCCAAAAAAAAAAAAAAAAAAAAAAAAAUUCUCCACACUGACAAACUGAGAGUAGCCAUCGCUGUUUGUUCCUUGAAAACACGCAGCAUGAGGGUUUGUUUGUUUGUUUUUUGUUUUUUUGCUGCUUUUAUUAAACCUGAA